AUGGCGGGUCAACUUCUCACCAAUAAGCAUAUUGCAUACUUUAAGCGAUGUGUAGGGGUUCUUCCAGCUGCAUUUGAAAGCGAGGAUUCUAACAUGCUGGCCGUUCUUUACUUUGCUCUUACAGCAUUGGACUUAUUAGGAGCACUACAGACAAGUUUCAAAGAAAAAGACAUCGCUUACUUUGUGGGAUGGAUAUAUGCUCAUUCUGUGGAGACAGAAGAAUACUUUGGAUUUAGAGGGUCCCUUAUAUACAAAGAUACAGGAAUAUAUGACCCUCCAAAUAUAGGAGCUACCUGCUUUGCGUUACAAUCGCUAGUAUCUUUAGGAGACGAUCUUGGCCGGAUUAGGCGAGGUAAACUCAUGAAAUAUGUGACAAAGUGCCAAAGGGUGGAUGGAUCAUUUGCACCUAUUCUUGAUAUGGCUACCGGACUUCCCUAUGGAGAAGAUGACUCCCGAUACUGCAUGAUGGCCACUACAAUUCGAAAAAUAAUGAAAUGGAAUGGUAACGAAGAAAUUGAUAUUGAUAUUGAUAGGCUGGUGAAAUAUAUUAGAAGUGUCAAGGCAUUUGAUGGAGGACUUUCAAUGGGUCGAAUGUGCGAAUCGCAUGCUGGACUCACGUUUUGUGGGUUGGACUCGUUGAAAUUGACAGAUACAUUGCAAAAAAACGAAUGGAACGAUACUGCCGAUUUCCUUGUCCAUCGCCAAAUAUGGUAUGACACACAUAAUAAACUUGAGCUGGAGGAAAAUGGGUUCGCCGACGACAAAGAUAACGGAGGGUUCAAUGGACGUUUGAACAAGUAUGCCGACACCUGCUAUGCGUUUUGGACUAUCAAUUCGUUACAAAUAUUGCAGGAUUCACAUUUAAUUCAACGUGAGGCAGUGGAACAUUUCCUAUUGAAGGAGACACAAAAUCAGCUGAUGGGAGGGUUUAAUAAGACAAGCGACCCUGCCGAUACAUAUCCAGAUCCACUUCAUUCAUUCUUGGGACUUGCCACGUUAAGUAUACUUGGAUACGACGGUAUCGGUCAACUAAACAGCGAACUUGUCAUUUCCAAAAGAGCGUACCUUCAUUGGAGAUCAAUUAAGUGGUAG